GUGAGGGUUGAAAGGUGAAAGGUCGUGAGAAGAAACAUGGCCGCUCCCGUGGAUGACAUGUUUUCCCUCUGCGUGGACCCCGGCAAAGCGGCCAGCGGCGUGGAAGUCCGAUUUAUAGACAAUGUAAAGGGCAAGGGGCUGUUUGCGAAAAGGAGCAUCAAGAAGGGAGACGCCAUUUUCAUUGAGCGGCCCCUUGUCUCCUCCCAGUUCUUGUGGAAUUCUUUGUAUAAAUAUAAAGCCUGUGAGUUCUGCUUGCGAGCUCUGGAGACUGCGGAGGAGAAUGCGAGGAGACUCAGCGGCAUCCCCGGACUCAGCCUCCCUCACCCUGAGCUCUGCCGGGUUCGACCAGAGCUGCACCAGGCCUGCCCCCAGUGCCAGGUGAUGUAUUGCAGCAGCGAGUGUCGACUAGCGGCAGCAGAUCAGUACCAUCGGGUUCUGUGUCUGGGUCCCUCGCAGGAGGAUCCGGACCAUCCCAUCAACAAGCUCAAAGACGCUUGGAGGAGUAUGCAUUAUCCUCCAGAGACCUCCAGCAUCAUGCUCAUGGCCAGAAUGGUCGCUGUGGUCAAACAGGAUAAAGACAAAGCGCACUGGCAGAAGCUGUUUUCUCACUUCUGCAGCCGGACAGCGAACGAGGAAGAGGAGAUUGCCCACAAGCUCCUGGGAGAGAAAUUCAGAGGGCAGUUGGUCUUGUUACACAGCCUUUUCACAGCAGCACUUCAUGAUGAUCAUCUCAGUCGAUGGUUUGUUCCUGAGGGUUUCCGCUCGCUGUUCGCUCUGGUAGGAACCAACGGUCAAGGCAUUGGCACCAGCUCCUUGAGUCAGUGGGUUCAUGCCUGUGAUGCACUUGAGCUUCCUGCCCAGCAGAGGGAGCAGUUGGACUCCUUUAUUGACCAGCUGUACAAGGACAUUGAGAAAGAAACGGGAGACUUUUUAAACUGUGAGGGCUCUGGACUCUUUCUGCUUCAAAGCUCAUGUAACCACUGCUGCUCACCCAACGCAGAGGCGUCCUUCCCUGACAACAAUUUCCUGCUUCACCUCCGUGCCCUUGGUGACAUCAAGCCAGGAGAGGAGAUCUGCAUCAGUUAUUUGGACUGCUGUCAGCGGGACCGCAGCCGUCACAGCAGACACAAAAUUCUGAGGGAGAACUACCUGUUUGUCUGCUCGUGUCCGAAGUGCGUCUCCCAGAUGGAUGAGCUGGAUGCGACAUCAGAGGAGGAAGAGGAAGAAGAAGGCGAGGCAGAAGGUGAAACAGAGGGGGAUGACAUGGAAGAUGAGAUGACAGAUGUCUGAUGAAAGACUUGCCGGUAUUGUUCUCAGCCGCUCCCAUUGCUGCCACCGCGCUCAGCGACCUCGAAGCCUAAAGAAGAAUAGAGAGCAGCUCAAACCAUGAUCUGCAUUUCAACGGAACAGUUCAAGCAUCCUGUUAUCAACACAUUCCACUCACUUUGUUCAUGUAGAGAAACAGAAAGGUUCAUGUCUGCAGCGUGUGUCAGUAUGAGGACGAUAUGUUUCUAUUGUCCUGGCUCUACUUAAGUACACUGGGGUUUUAAAUACGUCAAAGAAUAUGAGUUGUAAGUCCUGACUUUCAAGUUUUCAUAGUCUUUGAGGUUUGCAUCAGGUUAUCGGUACGAAGUGGAUGCUAAAAUAUCUCCAUAGAGCUGAGGACUGGUAGCAUGGCCUCCCCAGACCAGUUUGCAUGUGUGAAUGGGUCUGAAACGGCAGAGUUCAUUUUCCAAAGUGCGUUCAUCAACUGCCUCAAACCAAAAUGCCUCGAAAUGCAAUUGGGAUAAACUUGCGAAUCAACAAACGCUCCAAGCAUGGUUGUUCUACUUUUAGAGAAAAUAUACUGUCCAGUUUGUCGCCAUUAUCAGAACUCAGCAGCAGCCAUUUUGGUUCAUGAAAAUGUGGCGACACUUCUCUGUCGGCUGUAGAAUCAAAUUCGCCCCAUUUUAUAUAAAAUGGUUGUGAAUGGCCCAAGCAGUUUCAGAUAUAUAGAAAAUAUAGAUAAGGGCACCUUUUAAUUACGGUUGAAAGUUAACACCCCCCCUUUGUCCCCGUAUGUUACUGAGCCGCACCGACUGGCGUCUACGUUCACUUAAUACAGUUCAGAAUAACAGUGAUUAUUUAUUGUUCCCGAAAAGUCGUUAAAAAAACGCUGAAGCAAAGGGCAAUUGGUUCUCAGGUGUUUUUUUUGCUUUAUUUCUGAGUUUCAUACAAGACUAUGCACACUGUACUGAGGAGGCUUUUAAUUCAUAUUCCGUUGUAAUUACAGUCCUGCCACACGAGGCAUCCAGCCAGUAAAGUAUAGUUUGAUUCUCAGACCAUGAUCUAUGGGGUUAAGUUAAACCUUACUUAAUGUAUUAUGGAGACCUUGAGUGGAAAAUUGCUUUGUCAGAUACUGUUUGCCCUUUGUUGAGAACUGUAUUUCAUACCGCAGUUCCGCAUGAGUGGAAUUGCUGCUGCCGCCCACACAUGAAUCAAUAUCACAAAAAUGACUAUAAUCACAAAUCCCAAUAUUUUCAGUUGCUCCGCAAAGAUUGGAAAUAUCGAAAGAGCAAUACCAUUAUUAUUCUUUUCUUUUUUUAGUUGGCAUUCGGCUCAACGGUACAGGAGAACAUGGCAGUGUAAGUCACACGAGUAGAAUUUAAAUAUUACAACAGCAGCAAACAGAAGCCUUGCAGUUGUCAUUUUUACUACUCCGGCAUAAACCAUUGAAAUUG